AUGGAUUCACUGAAAGAGGCUGAAAUUCGUGAAGUCUUUCGAGAGUUUGAUAAGAACGGAGAUGGACGGAUUACACGACAAGAGCUUGAGGUUGCUCUUCUUCAAUUAGGAGAGAAAGCAAGCAAUACAAAAAUUGAGACGAUGAUUGAACAAGCUGAUUUGGAUGGAAACGGAUGCAUUGACAUUGAUGAGUUUCUCAAUGUUCUUCGUCGUCAAAUCUGUGAUCCAAAAGAAGAAAGAGAGUUGAGAGAUGUGUUCAAUGUAUUCGACAAGAAUGGUGACGGAGUCAUUUCAAUUGAUGAUUUGAUAUUUGUCAUGUGCCAACUGGGAGAGAAAUUAACUGAAACUGAAGCAAAGGAAAUGAUAAAACAAGGAGAUUUGGAUCAUGAUGGAAUGAUUGACUUUCAAGAAUUCGUCAAUAUCAUUAAAGGACAAUAA